GACUAGAGUGAUGGUUACUGGGAGAGCUCUCCGUUUUGUAAGAGACAAUUGUCACGCCGCUUCAAAAGCGAAAGCGUCAGAAUUCAUGCAGACUAACCAUGCCAGCUAAAGGUUCAGCGAGCAUCCUCACAAAGCUUAGGGCUUUGAUGAAAAAUAAUAAUUUUGUUUCGGAGCCUUUACAAGCAUAUAUCAUUCCUACUGGCGAUGCACAUCAGAGCGAGUAUGUUGCAGACUGUGAUCAGAGGAGAAGCUUUAUUACUGGAUUUACAGGAUCAGCAGGAACUGCAGUAGUAACAGACACAAAAGCUGCAUUGUGGACAGAUGGCCGUUACUACCUGCAGGCAGAAAAGCAGCUUGACAGCAGUUGGAUUUUGAUGAAGGAUGGUUUGCCUGAAACUCCCACCAUGGCUAAAUGGCUAAAUAAGGUGCUUCCUAUAGGAAGUCAGGUGGGCUGUGACCCAACUCUUAUGUCAGUAGAAACCUGGAAACCACUUUCUAAAGACCUGCGGUCAGAAGGCCAUUGCUUGGUGCCAGUGACCUCAAACCUGGUGGAUCUUGUUUGGGAAGAUAGACCUUCUCCACCUUGCUGCAAUUUAAUUAUUCUUCCUCCUCAGUACACAGGGAAGACUUGGCAAGAAAAAGUUGCAACUGUGCAGAGCAAAAUGGCAGAGAAGAAGGCUUGUGCAUUUAUUGUUACAGCUCUUGAUGAAAUUGCAUGGUUGUUGAAUUUGAGGGGUGCAGACAUUAUCUACAAUCCUGUCUUCUUUGCUUAUGUUGUGGUGACAUCAAAUGCUGUUCAUCUUUUCAUAGAGGAAAAAAAGCUUGCAAGCGCUGUCACACGCCAUCUACAGUCAAAUGGAACAAACCAAAAAGGUGAAGUGUCAAAUGUUACCACACAUGGCUAUCAAGAAAUCUGGGACUUUGUGGCAUCUUUGGUAAAGUCAGAAGAGAGAAAACUUUGGGUUAGCGAAAAGUCCAGUUAUGCCAUUGUUAAUCUCAUCCCCAAGGAGAGACGUAUAAUGGCACCCUCACCAGUAGCCAAGUUAAAAUGUGUGAAAAAUUCUGCAGAAAUUGAAGGGAUGAAACUUGCACAGGUCAAGGAUGCAGUUGCUAUGUGCGAGUUUUUGCUUUGGUUAGAAAAAGAGGUGCCCAAAGGAACUGUGACAGAGGUGUUGGCAGCAGCAAAAGCAGAAGAAUUUAGGAGAGCACAGUCAGAUUUUGUCUCCCUUAGUUUUGACACCAUUUCAAGUAUUGGGCCUAAUGGGGCCAUUAUUCAUUACAAACCCAAGUCAGAGUCAGACUGUCCUGUUACAACAGAUCAGAUUUACCUUUGUGACUCUGGAGCACAGUACAAACAUGGUACAACAGAUACAACAAGAACUAUACACCUGGGAACACCAUCUAAGCAUGAACAAGAGUGCUUCACCAGGGUGUUGAAAGGGCACAUCAGUCUGUGUACAGCCGUUUUCCCCAAUGGAGUGAAGGGUCACAUGCUCGACACACUGGCCAGGACUGCUCUGUGGGAUGUUGGACUGGACUAUCCUCAUGGCACUGGGCACGGUGUCGGAGCAUUCCUUAAUGUCCAUGAAGGUCCAUGUGGCAUUAGCAGUCGUGUCUCGCUGUCUGAUAUAGCUCUAGAAGAGGGGAUGAUACUCUCGGACGAACCUGGAUACUAUGAGGAUGGUAACUUUGGCAUCAGAAUUGAAAACUGUGUUCUAGUUGUGAAAGCUGAGACAAAGCACAAUUUCCGGAAUAGAGGAUUUCUGACCUUUGAACCAAUUACUUUGGUGCCCAUUCAGACCAAGAUGAUUGAUCCAUCCCUACUGACUGAAAAGGAGAUUUCAUGGCUGAAUAACUAUCAUGCAAAUAUCAGGAACAUUGUGGGCCAAGAACUGCAAGCUCAAGGCAAGAUGGACGUCUUUAGCUGGCUGCUGCACAGCACAGAACCUCUAGGCUAGAGCCUCAUUUAGUUCAGCAAACUUGAUUUUCCUGUGCUGCAUGUCAAAACUAUUAUCACAUGAGGCACAGCAUGUUUACCAUGCUGCAUAUAAUAAUAAUAAUAAUGUCUGUAACCAGUGCUCUAAAGAAUCAUAUGUACUUAAUCGUGUAUGCAGUGUGUUUAAUUGGUUAAUGGAGGAGAAACAGGAAGAAGGUGUGUAGAUUAACAAUUUGUAACUUUUUUUUUUGUGAGGCUUUAUUUAAGGUAUAUAGGUUUAAAAAUUAUGGUUGCAGUAUUUCAUCAAACUGUUCAGAUCUCAAGAAAUUGACAAUGGUGUGUUUUGACAUAAAUUUCUCCUUGUAAAAUUGCUGGUAUAGCAAACUCAUUUACACUGUUGCAGUAACUUAGGUUUUUUUUUAUCAAAAUUAAAAUUGUGAAGUAGACAUUGCUGUCAACUACCCUUUCAGAUUUAUGAGCAUGCAAUACCUAUUUAGUUUGUACAUUAUCAUUUUUAAAAAGUUAUGACAGUGAAGUGCUCUGAAGAAUCAACAAUGUAUAAAGCAAAUACAGAUUUAUUUCAAAAAUAAUUGAGUAUUACAGGCACUACAUUCAUGCUUUUAAAAACAUCAAUAUUAUGUGAAAUGUCUGUGAAAAAAAUGUUACUGCUUGCUUUACCCUGCUACAGGAUAAAUUUGCAGGUGUAUGAAAGUUACUGUUCAGUAGGUGGUUGCCAUGUGAACUAGGGUAAAGGGGAAGCCAUCAGUAGUAAGCAGAAGCAAGUACAAAACUGUGCCUGUACGCUUGUUUGCUACACCUCUAUGAAAAAUGUGAGGUGGACAGAGAGAGCACCUGAAGAAGAGCAUAUCUAAAAUUCAGAGUAUUUUUUGUGUGUUUUCAAAUGUGCUAGUCUUGAAAGAACUGCUGUUUUCCACAGAAUAUAAAUGACUUUUAGGUGCUUUUGCAUGUCUUACUUUUUUUACAUGUUCUUAUAGGGUCUUUGAAAAAAGGCAGCAUAAAGUAAAUAGCAUUUGACUCCCUCUUCUGAACAUUUAGUUAAAAGUUAUAAAACAGCUUUCAAAAGGC